CAUUUUUUUUUACUUCAAAUCCACCGCUUCUUUUCUGGCGCCGCUUUGUUUUUUGUUUAUUAAAACACGAAAUUAGCAUAAAGCUGGGCGUGCAAACAUGUCGCACGCCGUAUUGAACGAAGAAACAUUGGAGAAGCUGGUGUACGAGCGCUCCAAAAACUGGGCGAACAUGAUACAGAACUGCAUGGAAAUCGACGAUGGCGAUGAGCUUGAUCUGGACGAUUUUGAGGAACUGUUUGAAGGCGAAGACAUAGACCCCGAUGUACCGGAGAAUGAGGAGGCGGAAGAAGAUGCCAGGCAGGAAGAGGACCUGGGCAUGGGGAACAUUAAUACAACAAUAGCCAUGAGCAAGGCGGAGCUGACUACGAUUUUGUGCUCUGGAGAGAACAAAUCUGAAACAGCCGAACUAGAGGAGAUCCUCAAUCAAACGAUGCCCGUUCUACAGGAGCACAAUCGCAAGUGGAAGGCAGCUGGAUUAGAUCAAAUACUUGACACCUUCGAUCCGCAAAAGAUCGAACAACAUGUGGGCCAAUGGAUGCGCCGCAACAACAGCAUCUAUCUGGAGGAGGAGAAUUCCCGAGAGAAUUCCCGAAGGUACGAUUCUCAUUCCGAUGAAAGCGACAACGAGUCGCCAUACUCCAGCAACACCGCCCACUACAUAAUUCAGACUCCCAGACGCAAUGCACCCAACCCCAAGAUGUCCAACGGGUCGACCAUUAAAUUGUAUCGCACUCAUCCACGCAGGCGUGCUGACGACCGUCGUGGCAAGUACACAUAUGAAGAGCAAGAGCACCGCCGUCACAUGCAGGUUUUGCUGCAACGCCGUCGUGAAAGGAAGCGAAAACUGGCCUACAUUGCCAGCACUUCCAUGCACCGUUCCUACAGCAACCGCAGCCAUCACUCGUAUCUGCGUAAGCGACGCCCCGAUUCUUCGUUGUUUGGGUCGCCGUCGAGCGGGGAAGAUGUAGCCUUAGCCGGCUGCGAUUGCAAAUCUUGCCAGAGACUUUUGCUGACCAGAAGCGCAUAUGAAUACUGUCCAUACCGCGGCCGCCGCGAAUAUCAUCACCAAUCAGCAUCAUCACGCUCCAUGCUAUGUUUGCGACAUCCACACAGCUUUCGGGAGGAGCUGGAACUGCGGCCACGACUCAUGGAAAACGAAUGCAGGUGCUGCGACAGCGACCGUCUGUGCACUGACGUGGUGCACAUUGCCAACAGCUCGACGGAGGAAUGGGUUGUGGAUAAUUGCAACAGUCCCGUGCUUAUGGAGACGCCAACCAAAUGCAGCAAUCGUCUGCAAACCUGCAGAGAGAAACAUUUAAGGCUGCGAAAAGCACCACAGAGCGGUCGCUCGAAGUGCAGCAGUGACUGUGCCAUGCGUGAAACUCCGCAUAGAGUGACUAGAAAGGCAACUUCCGCUGGAGCAUCAUAUACUCCAGGGCGUGAGCGAACCAGGCUAAUGGCCAGAAAUUUAGUGGACAGCGACACUUCCGAUGAAGACGAGCGAAUGGAGCGCAAUAAGCCAGCAAUCUCAUCUGUAGAAAAGGCGCCCAAAAAAAAAGAAAAAUCAACAAGACUGCCUCCAAUCAGCGAAAAUGUGGCCAAGACAAAGCCUAAAGAGCAUCGCCACGAGCUUCAGGCGAUUGAAACGGAUUCUUCGGAUGACAACGAACUCACAGGUAGGAGCCGUUUAAUGAGUUUCUCGGAGCGAAAACAGAAAACGGUGGCCAAAAAUAAAAAAGCGGUGAAAACACCAAGCAAGCCAAUGUCAGCUGUGAAAGAGACACCAAAAAAGAAAACUGUGGUGUCCGGACAGACAAAGAAUUUGCCUGCAAUCGGCGAAGACGAGGCAAAGGCAAAAGAAUCCUCUACUUUGCCGGUAACCCUCAACGAAGAUGAAGCCAAGCGUGUGAAGGGAGUGACGCCAGAUGUAAACAAGAUGAGCCAAACAUUCGCUAAGAUUUGCAUAAAUUCCCAAAGUGAGCAGCCAACUCCCAACUCUGAUGCAUAUUCCAAGAAAAUUGUAGGAACAGAAUCAUCAGUGAUAAUGUCCACACCGGUUGCGUCCAAGGAAAAACGAGUGAGACCCAAAUCUGCUGCCAAGAAGAAAACAAAUGCGAAAUCUGCUUCAAGUUUGCCUCAGAUCAGCGAAGAAGCAACCGAUUUCCAAUGCGCAUCCAAUAAAGGAACGGCAAAGAAAGCAAUUUUAAAACCAAAACCAUGCACCACUCCAGCCAGUACCAGAAGCCCCUAUGAAUGGCCACCGAGCACGUCAACAAGUAAGAGCAAUUCGAAGAAACUAAAUGAAACGGAUGAGGAAAUAACCCGAGCACUGGCCUUGUCAAAGGAAACAUAUAGAAAGGAGCAGUUGAUGCGCCGACCAGACCAGAGGUCAAAGGUGAACCCACAAUCGGCAUCGCAGGAGCAGUCUCUCUUCCAUAACAACAGCGUGGCCUGCAACUCCACCGCCCUGGCCAAUGAUACGGCCAGUACUCGGGUCCUACCCAACAAACUGAACGCUAAGAAUCGUUCUGCCGUGAGCAGCUCGAAGCAGGAACCCAAAAUAGAUGAAAUUAUUAUACUUGACUCAUCCACGGAGAGCGUCGCAGGUGAGGAACCAAACAAAGCGGGCGGUGAGGCUGACUGCACUGUGGUGACAUCGACAACCAGCUGUGAAACAAAAGGGGCAAAGCCGUCACCACUUUUCAUCUCCAAGAGGGGCAUCCUGCUGCACAGCAGCAACACAGCAGGAUCGGAAACCUAUACGCUCACCGAGCAGGAUCUUGGGCGGGUGAUUGGAGAACGACGUGCCAAAAAAUAUCUCAAGUAUCACAUUGGCAGUCGCAGCUACGACAGCCGUCGCUCGGUUUAUUAUCGCCCCACACCCAAGCUGGCGUCCGCACUCAGUGCCAGCCCGGACACUGCCCAUACUCUGGUGCACGAGUUAGAGACCUCCAGUGGGUCUUGUUGCAGCGACGAUGACAUCUUUGAACACAUGGAGCGAUACGGGGAAGUGUACAGCGUUCUGGGGAACCCCAAAGAUGAUUGAUUUCGCAGUAUUAUAUAUGUAUAACGUUAAGUUUAACCAAAUGAUUUCAAUACUUGUUCCUUAGUUCGAAUCGUUAAUUUUUGUGUUUGUUUUCAAAACAUCCGAUGAAGAAUUUUAAAAUAUUUUGGUUGAUUUCGUUCA